CGCCUGCCCCGCCGCCAUGAGGAGCGUGGCAGCGCCUUGGCCGCCGCUGGCACCGAGGAGCCGUGCCGUGAUUUCACAGUGUUUCUAACACGAGAAAUUUUGGGAAACCUCUUGGAAGAAAACUUCUGUUACAAUGGCAUCAUCCUGUCUACAGAUUUGUGCAUUGCUGCUGGCUUUAGCAGGAUUCACCACAUUACUUGUUACUACCAUGUCCAGCAGAUGGAAAGUUUUGGACACUGAGACAGAGCUGGCUACUGCAGACUGGGUUUCUGAAGGUCUUUGGAUGGACUGUGCAGCAACUGCUGUUGGAACAAAACAGUGCAAGAGAUUCCUCUACAUGCUGAGUACAGACCCUCACAUACAGGCAUGCCGUGCCCUGAUGAUUACUUCCAUCCUUCUGGGAUUCUUAGCUGCAGUACUCUCACUGCUCGGUAUGAAGUGCACAAACAUUGGGCUCAGUGAUGAAGAUGGAAAAAUGAAGUUUGCUGUCACAGGAGGAUUUCUUUUCAUUUUAGGAGGUCUCUGCUCCAUGGUGGCUAUUUCUUGGUAUGCUGCAAUGAUUACUGCUCAGUUUUUUAACCAACACUACGCUGGAACCAAGUAUGAACUAGGAGAAGGUCUGUACUUAGGCUGGACUGGAUCUGUCCUUUAUAUACUUGGUGGAAUCCUACUGGCCUGUUCAUGCAAAGGGAAGGAAAAUCAGAAUUACAGUCCAAAAAAAUAUACGUACUCAGCAGCCCAGGCAGCUUCUCAGCCACACAGGUACCCCAGGAACUCUGAGACCAUUGUAAGCAACCAGGAGUACGUCUGAGCUUCCCUUCUGCGUCACCUGUAGUGUUAGUGGGUUAUCAACUCAAAUAAGGAAGCAAACUACUUCUUUGUUCUGGUUCCAAGUUGCAAUGAUAUGGCUUAAUUUGGAGCAGAACCAGGAGGAGGUAUGGCUUUCAAUGUAAAUAGGAAUGUAAGAAGUUUUCUACAGAAGAUGCCGUGAUGUGAAAUGCUGUGGCAUGAAGGUUUGCUGUGUGCUGAGAAGCCUGGUAAAAUUUAACCAGAGCGCAGUAUAUGCUGACACUCGAGAGCAAUGGUUUCUAUUUCAGCUGACUCAAAUAUGUGGAACUGAUAGCUGUAUCUGACUGCAAGUUCAUAUGCCUUACAGUUAGAAAUGUGUUGUGUUUCCAUUAAUGUUUAGCUUCCUCCUUUUUUAGCAGCUUAAGCUUUUGACAAGAAAUAAACUUUGUUCCACAGACUGAAACAGAUUUUUUUACGAGUGGAAUCCUCUAAUAAAGAUAUUAUGUUAUACUGAAAUUCUUAUUAUAUAAUAGUCAUGUCUUAUUAUAUAUGAUAGUCAACGUUUAUAAAAGCUAAAAAAAAUUUCAAGCAACCACUCACCUUCAAAUUUGGAGAUGUGCAACAAAUUUCUUGUUGGUUGUAAUGGAGAUACAGAAGAUAAACAAUACAGAAUGAACAAAACACAGCUGGGAGUGCAGAAAACAUCUGGUGCGAAAAUGCCUUGUGUUAACUAAGAAAAUGAUAGCCUGAAUUUUUUGUUUUCAUUUCUAUGGUUUCAGCUUUUAAAAUAACACUACUUUAACUUUGAGGAAUCUAACUUUGGGAACUUUUACUGCAUCUGAAUUGUCUAAUUAAUGUAAUUUCCCAGUGGUUUUAUUUUCUGUCAUUGAUCCAUCAUUAGAAUUUCUGUCUUGAGCUACUCCAUUGCUGGGAGCAUAUGUUCACCUUGUGUGAACACUUAGGCAGAUGGCAGUGAGCUAACUUUACUUCACAUUUAUGCUUUCAGCAAGGUGGAAUGGAAUUUCACCCUGCAGGUUCUUGGGUUCCAUAACUUGUCCCUUUUAAACUACAAAUGUAUUCAUACAGUUCGACAAAACUUUGUUUUGAAUGACUAAUGAUAAACACAUAGCAAUCUAAUCUGGAAGUUUCAUGCUCAGUAGAUAAUUUCAGAGGGCAACCUGCAAGCAGUCUCAGCAGAAAUUAUUUAGCAUGCAGGAACAGCUGAUUUGUAAACUGAGACAUCAAGGCAUGAACUGGGCACUGUUGGACUAAGUAAGUAAAGCUAAAAGGAGAGCUGAUUAUUUCUAGAGUGCCAGUGUCAUCUUAUUCCCUCCACUAUCAUCUGCAGUUUUUAAAGUCAUUCCUUUGGUGUUUUAGAGAAUAAUUUCAAAAGCUGAAAAGGCACUUAGCCUGCAUGGUGGAAGCUGAACUCCUUACCAUCAUCUGUGUAUUCUGUCCUUAGGAUUUUUAGGUGAUUUGUUGAAGGUACUUUGGUCUAGCUGAACACAGGGAAAAUCGCAGAGAUAAAGCAUCAACCACUGUCAGUUUCCCACCAAAGGUUGUGUCAGCUCAUUAACAUGGAUUAUGAUUCAGUAGGUCAGAGAGAAAUUCAGAACCUCCUUGGUCUGGCAUCGUGGCUUCUAAUGGUGUCACUGGGAAGUUUAAUUAAAAAACAGGAAUGAAAUCCCAGUGUGGUAGCUCCUUCCUUUGUUCAGUAAAUCAUGCCAUAUCCAGUUC